GUUCGAUAGUGUGAGAUCUGAUUAAUUUCUCCGCCUUGGAGCCAGCGUUCGACACAGCACCCUCUCAAUCUCGUUUUCAUCACCUCUCGAUCGCUUACUCUCGUUCUUUUACCUUUCCCUUUUUUCCACGAUUUGGGUUGGAUUCUUACAUUCCUCUUCGUAUCCAUCACACCUUUUAUAUUUCUGUCAUAAUACUUCCGUAUCAAUUGUUCAGAAAGCUCUAGGGGAACCUGAUCGGUCUCAUACACAAAAAAAGAUUCAACAUUUUCGGUUUCUUGUAUUUUCCCCCAAGGUUUGUGGUAAUCCAAACCAAGGCCGAGUGCACUCAGUCUCUGAACUGCACGAGAGUUUCUUCGCAUUCUGAAAGUUUUGUUGGAAGUAAGAGCUCUCAUUUGUGAUCCUGUUGCUGCAUAGGAAAAAAAACGUUUUUUCUUAGGUUGUUGGAGAUUAAUAUAUUUGGUCAAUCAAAGAUUCAGAAAGCGAUUGUGUACAAGUCUGUAGUAUCAGAAUCUGAUGGCUGAAUUCGGAUCGAAAUGGCUGUGGGGUUUGAGAUCGGUGUGGAUGGUCUUGUUGAACUUUCUCUUAGCUUUGGUGUUUGUUUCGGCGGAGAGGGGCAUGAGACUGCAGGCUUCAAGAACCAAUGAAACAGAAGGACCUGAAUCCAGUUAUCUUCUCAAAGCAAUAAAUUUCUUAUGGCAACCAGACAAAUCUGGUUAUCAACACGUUUGGCCGGAGAUGGAAUUUGGAUGGAAAAUAGUUGUGGGCUCAAUAAUUGGAUUCUGUGGAGCUGCGUUUGGGAGUGUUGGUGGCGUUGGCGGUGGUGGUAUUUUUGUUCCUAUGCUUAGCCUUGUUAUUGGGUUUGAUCCGAAGUCAGCAACAGCUAUAUCAAAAUGUAUGAUCAUGGGUGCAGCAGUCUCAACUGUUUACUACAACCUUAAGCUAAGGCAUCCUACACUUGAUAUGCCCAUCAUCGACUAUGACUUGGUACUGCUCAUCCAACCAAUGCUCAUGCUGGGCAUUAGCAUAGGAGUGUCUUUCAACGUCCUAUUUGCUGAUUGGAUGGUCACAGUUUUGCUUAUCUUUCUCUUCAUAGUUACAUCAACAAAGGCAUUCUUUAAGGGUGUUGAAACAUGGAAAAAGGAAACCAUUGUGAAAAAGGAGACUGCUAAGAGACUGGAGUCAAAUGGUUCUGUUGGUGCGGAAGUUGAAUACAAGCCUCUUCCUGGUGGUCCGGGAAAUGGUGUUCAAAAGGACUUCAAAGAUACAGAGGUCGGUAUUCUUGAGAAUGUUUACUGGAAGGAACUUGGACUUCUCAUUUUUGUUUGGGUUACAUUCCUUGCAAUUCAGAUCGCCAAGAAUCAUACAGCUACAUGUUCGACGGCAUACUGGGCAUUGAACUUGCUGCAGAUCCCUAUUUCUUUUGGGGUAUCUUUGUAUGAAGCAGUUGGUCUUUACAAGGGACACAGAGUUAUUGCAUCCAGGGGAGAAGAAACGAAAAAUUGGCGAAUCCAUCAGCUGGUUAUCUAUUGCGCCUUAGGUAUAUUGGCUGGAAUAGUUGGUGGGCUACUUGGACUUGGUGGAGGGUUUAUAAUGGGUCCACUAUUUUUGGAGCUGGGAGUCCCUCCUCAGGUCUCAAGUGCCUCUGCCACCUUCGGAAUGACCUUCUCUUCAUCUAUGUCUGUUGUGGAAUACUACCUUUUGAAACGUUUUCCUGUUCCUUACGCUCUCUACUUUGUUGGUGUGGCUACCAUUGCAGCCUUCAUAGGGCAGCAUAUUGUAAGAAGGAUGAUCAUUUUACUUGGAAGGGCAUCACUGAUCAUCUUUAUUCUAGCCUUCACUAUAUUUGUUAGUGCAGUAUCACUUGGUGGGGUUGGCAUAUCAAACAUGAUUGGGAAGAUUCAGCGUCACGAAUACAUGGGAUUUGAGAACCUCUGCAAGUAUGAGGCAUAGCAUGUUUCAUGGCUUGCCUCUUUCUUCAUUACUUUUCUUCCACUCUCUCUCUCUCUCUCCAAACAAAAAACAAAAAAAAGAAAGAAAGAAAAUUCCCAAGUUUUGUUUAUGGGGUUAAACAUACUCCUAAGGCUACAAAUAGCUUUCACUUUGUACCAAUUAUUGUUUGAAAUAAUGGAAGGUGACUAUUGCUUUGCUUC